CUGAAGCAACACAUGCAAGGACAGAUCAACACGGAUAAGUCCAUGUCACCUGCUGAAAUGGAGUUCCAUUAUUUUAGACUUCACGACACCAACAACGACACGAUGCUGGACGGUCUUGAGCUUCUGAACGCGUUGAGUCACAUGAUGCCGCCCAUGGAGUUUGCCCCGCAUGAGAUCAACGGCAAGCCCGCUGUGGAGGUGGAGCAGAUGCGGAAGGACAGAGUCAGGGAGAUGCUCACCAACUAUGUCCGUGAGUGGUCGAAAGUGGUCAAGAUAAAGCCAUUUGAAUCUACAGUCUAGCACACACAUAACGAAAUCGGCAGGACGCGGA